CGACCCGACGUACUCCACCGUAAAGCGCGACUGUUUCAGGACAAACACAUGGGACAGAGUAGAAGCAACGCGUGAGAACAUCAGAAAACAGGAUGGAAGCCAAACCCAAAAAACCCUUCACACCCAAAGAUGGGAAGAAGCUGACACACAAAGGAAAAGAUUCUAUCGGGACCAAACUGGGAGGGAAACCCGGCGGGAAAAAGCCUUUCAAAGCCUACAACAGCACAGAGAAGAAGAACCGCGACGGAAACAACAGGGAACGCAAGUUCACCAAAACAGACAAAGGAACGAAGAAGAGAAAACUACCACACGGCAAAGUUAAAGAGGGAGGAGGUCCAGCGUCUAAAAAGAUGAAGAAAGGAUCGUCAGAACAGACGAAGGAGGAGAUGAAGAAGGAGCGUCUGCGGAAGAAGAAGGAGCUGAAGAGGACCAGGCAGCAGGCGGAGAGGAAGGACAUGUUCGACAUCAUCUGUAAGGCCAAGAAGGUGUGGGGAGAACUGAGGAGGAAAAACUGUAAAGAAGAAGUGAAGAAGAAACUGAUGAAGGAGAUGCAUGAUCUGAUCAGAGGGAAGAUCAGACAGAUGGCGUUUGCUCAUGACUCCGUCCGCGUCCUCCAGUGUUUCAUCCAGUUCGGCAGCAACGAGCAGCGACAGGAGGUGUUGGAAGAGCUCAAAGACGACGUCAUCGCUCUGUGUAAAUCUCAGUACGGUCGACACGUGGUGAAGAAGCUGCUGAUGUACGGGAACAAGGAGGUGCUGGCGGCGCUGAUGCAGGCCUUUAAAGGCCACGUUCGGCCCAUGCUCCGCCACGCCGCCGCCUCCUCCAUCAUCGAAUACGCCUACAACGACAAGGCGGUGCUCGCCCAGAGGCUGAUGCUGACGGAGGAGCUGUACGGAAACACCUUCACCUUCUGUAAGUCUUCAGUGUGUAACACCAUCGAGAAGGUGUUGGAGGCCAAUCCAGACAAAAGGAACAGCAUCCUGGACGAGAUGAAGCAGAUCCUCACCCCCAUGGCUCAGAAGGAGCAGGUCAUCAAACAUUCACUGGUCCAUAAAGUCUUCCUGGACUUUUUCCAGUUUGCACCCGAAAAAAUGAGAGCGGAGUUGAUCGAGUCCAUCAGGGAGGCCGUCGUCUACAUGGCGCACACGCACGACGGCGCCCGCGUGGCCAUGAACUGUCUGUGGCACGGAACGGCAAAGGACAGAAAAGUCAUCAUCAAAACCAUGAAGACGUACAUGGUGAAGUUCGCCACAGGGGAGUUCAGUCACCUGGUUCUGCUGGCCGCCUUCGACUGCGUGGACGACACCAAACUGGUCAAACAGGCUGUGCUGUCGGAGGUGCUGUCGUCUCUGGAUGAGGUCAUCAGUAAUAAAUAUGGGAAGAAGGUCCUGCUGUACCUGCUGAGUCCACGAGACCCCGCCCACCUGGUCCCAGAGAUCAUCAAGGUCCUGGAGAAAGGAGACGGGAACGCCCACAGUAAAAAGGACACAUCCGUCCGGAGGAAGGAGUUGCUGGAGGUGGUGUCUCCUCCGCUGCUGGACUAUCUCCGUGACAACGCCGCCGGCAUGGUAACAGACAAGGCCACCAGCGUCACCGUCAGCGACAUCCUGGCGUCGGCCUGCGGCGACCUUCGACCCGCCAUGACUGCCGUAGCUCAGCUGGCCAAUCAGGAGCUGUUACCAGGAGGAACCAACGGGCAGCUGCACAUGGCAGAACAUCCAGCAGGACACCUGGUCCUGAAGUGGCUCAUAGAACAGGACCUGGGUCUGGCAGAGGCCGGCAAGGAAGAGCGCUUCGGGCGGAUCCUGGUGGACACGGUGGGGAAGCAGAACCUGCAGACGUGGAUCCGGGUCAACAGAGGCGCCAUGGUUCUGUGCAGCCUCCUGAACAGCUGCGAUAAGUCGGUGUCGGAGGAGGUGAAGGCGGCGCUGGAGCCCGUCGUCCCGGAUCUGCGCCGAUGCUGCAGCAGCAAAGGAUCCGAAAUCCUAUUGGAGAACCUGAGCAAGUGACGCCUGUGACACGUACAGGCCACGCCCACACACGGAGGCGGACAUGGACAGUAGUUUAUAAGGACUGAAUGAGUUCAAUAAAAGUGGAACGAACAGACGCUGCAGACUGAGGCCGUUUACACCUGCACCAGAAAUCUGAUCAGUAUCUGAUUAUUAUUGAUCAUCAACAGGAUAAUCUGAUUACAACAGAUCACAUUAACACACACACACAUAUAAAUACAGAUUAAUGUGAUUUAUUUAGUUCUGUCACAUCUGAACAUGAGUCAAACAAAACUAAACAAAAACUGAAUAAAAGAAUGAACAAAAUGAUGAAAGACUGAACCAAAAUGACUUCAGUACAGAAUAAAAUGAGCAAAAUUAAACCCGAGUUUAGUCAAUAACAGCAACUUUUAUUAGGGAUGCACUGAUACCACUUUUUUCCAGACAAAGUACGAGUACUUCCAUUUGAGUACUUGCCGAUACUGAGUACCGAUACGAGUACUUAAUUCCAUUCCAGUUGUUAGU